CCAAUGCCUCUUUUCUCUUCCUUUCCAGCUCUGGAUGGGUGCUCACCCCAAAGGCGAUGCAGUCAUUCUGGAUAACCGCAUACCCCAAAAGACUUUAAGCCAAUGGAUUGCGGAUAACCCCGCCUGCCUGGGGUCAAAGGUGAAGGACAGCUUUCAAGGCCAGCUGCCUUUCCUCUUCAAAGUGCUGUCGGUCAAUACAGCUUUGUCCAUUCAGGCCCACCCUACCAAGGAACUGGCAGAGAAACUUCACGCUCAGUAUCCGGAACACUAUCCAGACACCAAUCACAAGCCUGAGAUGGCCAUUGCCCUAACCCCCUUUGAAGGCUUGUGCGGUUUCCGGCCCGUGGAAGAGAUUGUAGGUUUCCUCCAGCAUGUCCCUGAAUUUCGAGCUCUGAUCGGGAACGUAGCAGCGGAACAACUGGAGCGAAGUGGGAGAGAUGACCCCCGUGGCGUGUCAGCUGCCCUUAGGGUCUGCUUCACCAGGAUGAUGAAGAGCGAGAAGAAAGUCUUUGUUGAUCACCUCAAUCAGCUGGUCAAGCGGAUUUCCCAGGAAGCGGCUGCAGGAAAAGAUAUUACAGCCAGUUGUGGAGAACUCCUUCUCAAGCUACACUCUCAGUACCCAGGCGAUAUCGGUUGCUUUGUUAUCUACUUCUUGAACCAGAUGAAGCUGCAGCCUGGCCAAUGUAUGUUCCUGGGAGCAAAUGAACCUCAUGCCUACCUCUACGGAGACUGCAUCGAAUGUAUGGCUUGUUCCGACAACACGGUGCGCGCUGGUCUGACGCCCAAGUACAUCGACGUUCUGACCCUGUGCGAAAUGUUGAACUACACCCCAGCUCCUGCCAGCUCAAAGUUGCUGGCCCCUAUUCAAAGCCGCCUGGAUCCUUGCGUCUUCCUGUACGACCCUCCCAUUCCAGAUUUUGCUGUCAUGAGGAUAGAGAUCCCUUCUGCCAUUAAGCUGUACCUCAUUUCGGCCAUCGACUCGGCAAGCAUCUUGCUCACGGUCCAGGGAUCGGCUGUCGGCACUUCCACGGCAGCUGCAUCUGAAAUGAUCCUACGUCCCGGCACUGUGUUGUUCAUCUCUGCCAACGAGAGCCUCUCUUUGCAUUUUAAUUCCCCCGAAGGGAUGGUCCUCUUCCGGGCUUGCUGCCUCUUGUAAUAAGGGACACCGAGCAAUUUUCCUCCUUAAGAGUAACUCAAGAUCAGUAGCAGCUGCCCUUGGUCUCCAUCUCUCCAGUUUGUUUCAUCCUUCAAGGACCGAGGUUCAGGCUACCCAGGAAUAUUAACAGUCUUCUCUCUUGGGUUGGCUUUUGGCCAACGCUCCAUUGGCCCAAGCAUGUAGGAUUGGAAAUGCUUUGGUAGCCUUGCUGCCCCUUAAGUGGAGGCGGCACACGGAGGCUGUGGGCAGCCAAUGCUUUUGUUAAUUCUGACUUGCCAAAAGAACACGAUGUCUCUCCAUAGAUGCUUCUCCUGUGUCAUGCUUCCUUUAGUAGGGUGGGCGACGGGUGAAAUCCAGCAGGUUCUGCAGAACCGGUAGCAGAAAUUUUGAGCAGUUCAAAGAACCGGUAGCAGAAAUUUUGAGUAGUUCGGAAAACCAGCAAAUACCACCUCUGGCUGGCCCCAAAGUAGGGAGGGAAUGGAGAUUUUGCAGUAUCCUUCCCCUGCCACGCCCACCAAGCCAUGCCAUACCACGCCCACCAAGCCAUGCCAUGCCAUGCCCACAGAACCGGUAGUAAAAAAAAUUGAAUUUCACCACUGGUGGAUGGUCUCUGUAACUUAAGACUCAAACGGUGUUUUUCCAACUGGCAACUUCCAAGAUGGAUGGACCUCAACUCCCAGGAACCUCCCAAAUUGUUGAGGUUGGCAGAUGAAUGAGGUGGUGGAAGAGGGUCACACAGUCAUCGAUGAUGAUUUAAUUUGGUUAACGACAGUGGCCAAAAAUUGGCCCGGUCAUGUGAUGGCUUGCCUAAUGACUGCACUAAUUCGGAUCCCAAUUGCGGUCUUUAAGCCAAGGACGACCUGAAAUGUCUAUGGAGAUUCUCAAGUCAUCCAAGGUCAUGGUUGUCUCAAAGGUGCUUUUUUUUCCCCUCAAGAGACAAUUGGACUUUCUGGUUUUUCUUUUGAAGACGUUUCGCUUCUCAUCCAAGAAGCUUCUUCAGCUCUGACCGGAUGGUGGGGAAUGGAAGGAUUUAUAAUUCCAUGUUUUAUCUUAACGACAUUUUGCUUCUCAUCCAAGAAGCUUCUUCAGCUCUGACCGGAUGGUGGGGAAUGGAAGGGUUGCCUUAGGGCAAACCUCCAGGUGGCCUCAACGACUCUCUACAAGGGUGCAAAGGACCAGCUGUCUGCAAGGAAGAUAAAUCCCUCCAUUCCUCACCAUUCAGUCAGAGCUGAAGAAGCUCCUUGGGUGAGAAGCAAAACGUCUUCUAAGAAAAACCAGAAAGUCCAGUUGCCUCUUGAUAAAAGCCCCUUUGGGACAACCCAAAAUGUUUUCACUGGACAAGACGUUGACCCUGUGUUAUCCUCUUUCACACACACACACACACACACAUACACACACUGACCCCGGCCCUGGCUGCACCCUGACAACUGUAGACCUUUUGAUCCACGCGCUAUUUAUCUUAAUGAGCCUUGAAUAUUGUGCCAAUCCAGUCGUCGCCUUAACCCAUGAUGUUUGGCCUAGAGCAGCGAUGGCGAACCUAUGACCCGUGUGCCAGAGAUCGCAUGCAGAGCCCUCUCGAUGGGCACACACGUCAUCGCCAGCCUCUCUUCAGGUUUCCGGUCUUUUUCCGGCCAUUUUUUGGGGCUGUUUUCAAGCUGGUUUUUGGCCCCAAAGAACGGCCAGAAAACAGCCAAAAAACAGGCAUACACGCACCGGCCAGCCAGUCUUCGCAGGUGGCGGAGCACCGGAAAACGGCCUGAAAACAGCCAAAAAAUAGGCUGUUUUUCAGGGCUUUUCCCAAGCUGUUUUCAGGCCUUUUUCUGAACCGUUUUCAUGCCUUUUUGGGGCCGUUUUUCAGGCCUUUUUUCCGAGCUGUUUUCAUGCCUUUUUCGGGGCCGUUUUUCAGGCCUUUUUCUGAGCUAUUUUCAGGCUGUUUUGGGGGCUGUUUUUCAGGCCUUUUCCAGAGACAUUUUCUGAGCCAUUUUUCAGGGCUGUUUUUCAGGCCUUUUUUCCGAGACAUUUUCAGGGCAGAUUUCAGGCCUUUUUCGGGGCCGUUUUUCAGGCCAUUUACAGGGUCGUUUUUCAGGCCUUUUUCCAAGCCAUUUUCAGGCCUUUUUCCGAGCCGUUUUUCAGGCUUUUUUCUGAGCUAUUUUCAGGCCUUUUUCAGGGCUGUUUUUCAGGCCUUUUCCCGAGACAUUUUCAGGGCAGAUUUCAGGCCUUUUUCGGGGCCGUUUUCAGGCCCCCAAAAACAGGCAUGUACACACUGGCCAGCUAGUCUUCGCAAGUGCUGGAGCACCGGAAAACGGACUGAAAACAGCCAAAAACCAGGCCAUUUUUCAGGCCUUUAUCCGGUUUCCAGUGCUCCGGCACGCGCAUAUGCACCCACACGCACGUGCAUUCCAGUUUGGGCACUCGGUGCCGAAAAGGUUCGCCAUCACUGGCCUAGAGGUUAAGGCACCAGGUGGCUGCGAGUUCUAGUCCUGCCGCAGGCAUGAAAGCCGGCUGGGUGACUUUGGGCCACUCGCUCUCAGCCCAACCCACUUCACAGGGUGGUUGUUGUUGUGGGGAAAAUAGGAGGAGGAGGAAGGGAUUAAAAACAAUAAUAGGCGGAAUAAAAAUCAAAUAAAGAAAAAAAUAAGUGCUUUUGUUUACCCAGGCGUGACAAGCUAUGUUCCUGGGUUGCUGUUUUUUUUUUAAAAAAAAAUAGCAUGCUAUACAAACCCAGUUUAUGGAUGAGUACGCUGAUCUAAAGGUCUUGUUGGCAUGGUUACCAAGAUGAGAACAUCCGUUUCGGAUAAACAAAGAGACAAAGUCUGUAGCGUAGAAGGUAUUUUAUUUGUUGGACGCUUUCCUUGGUUAAACUGUACACACACAAAAAAAGAUACACAAUGAACCGAGUAUACAAUAAUAUUAAAUAUCCCGUAAGAUUGUCUUCUGUGCUAUUCAGGUUUUUUUUUUUU